GGGCAGUGGCGGCCGCUCACGUGGCUGCCGAGUUGUCAGGGCGACCCGGCUGGGGGACGCGGGCGGAGCGCGGGGCGAGGCAUGGGCAGGGUCCCCCAGCCCGGGCGGGCUCUGCCCGUCGGGGAAACAGCGGCCUGGACGUUCGCCCCGCACGACAUCCUAAAAUAAAUCCAUCAGAAUGACACCUUCUCAGGUUACCUUUGAAAUAAGAGGAGCUCUUUUACCAGGAGAGGUUUUUGCAAUAUGUGGAAGCUCUGAUGCUUUGGGAAACUGGAAUCCUCAAAAUGCCGUGACUCUUCUUCCAGAGAACGAGACAGGUGAAAGCAUGUUAUGGAAAGCAACCAUUGUACUUAGUAGAGGAGUAUCAGUUCAGUACCGCUACUUCAAAGGGUGCUUUUUAGAACCAAAGACUAUCGGUGGUCCAUGUCAAGUCAUAGUUCACAAGUGGGAGACUCAUCUACAACCACGAUCAAUAACCCCUUUAGAAAGUGAAAUUAUUAUUGACGAUGGACAAUUUGGAAUCCACAAUGGUGUUGAGACUCUGGAUUCUGGAUGGCUGACGUGUCAGACUGAAAUCAGAUUACGUUUGCAUUAUUCUGAGAAACCUCCUGUCUCAAUAACCAAGAAAAAAUUAAAAAAAUCUAGAUUUAGGGUAAAGCUGACACUAGAGGGUCUGGAGGAAGAUGACGAUGAUAGGCUAUCUCCCACUGUUCUUCACAAAAUGUCCAAUAGUCUGGAGAUAUCCUUAAUAAGCGACAAUGAGUUCAAGUGCAGGCAUUCACAGCCAGAGUGUGGGUAUGGCUUACAGCCUGAUCGUUGGACAGAGUAUAGUAUACAGACAAUGGAACCAGAUAACCUGGAACUAAUAUUUGAUUUUUUUGAGGAAGAUCUCAGUGAACACAUAGUUCAGGGCGACGCUCUUCCCGGACAUGUGGGUACAGCAUGCCUCUUAUCAUCCACCAUUGCAGAGAGUGGGAAGAGUGCUGGAAUCCUUACUCUUCCCAUCAUGAGCAGAAAUUCCAGAAAAACAAUAGGCAAAGUGAGAGUUGACUAUAUAAUUAUUAAGCCGUUACCAGGAUAUAAUUGUGACAUGAAAUCUUCAUUUUCCAAGUAUUGGAAGCCAAGAACACCAUUGGAUGUUGGACAUCGAGGUGCAGGAAAUUCUACAACAACUGCUCAGCUUGCUAAAGUUCAAGAAAAUACUAUUGCCUCUUUAAGAAAUGCUGCUAGUCAUGGUGCAGCCUUUGUAGAAUUUGAUGUACAUCUUUCAAAAGAUUUUGUGCCUGUAGUGUAUCAUGAUCUGACCUGUUGCUUGACUAUGAAAAAGAAAUUUGAUGCUGAUCCAGUUGAAUUAUUUGAAAUUCCAGUAAAAGAAUUAACCUUUGACCAACUCCAGUUGUUAAAGCUCACUCAUGUGACUGCACUAAAAUCUAAAGAACUGAAAGAAUCUGUGGUUGAGGAGGAAAAUUCCUUUUCUGAAAAUCAGCCAUUUCCUUCUCUUAAGAUGGUUUUAGAGUCUUUGCCAGAAGAUGUAGGGUUUAACAUAGAAAUAAAAUGGAUCUGCCAACAAAGGGAUGGAAUAUGGGAUGGUAACUUAUCAACAUAUUUUGACAUGAAUCUGUUUUUGGAUAUAAUUUUAAAAACUGUCUUAGAAAAUUCUGGGAAGAGGAGAAUAGUAUUUUCUUCAUUUGAUGCAGAUAUUUGCACAAUGGUUCGGCAAAAGCAGAACAAAUAUCCCAUAUUAUUUUUGACUCAGGGGAAAUCUGAUAUUUACCCUGAACUCAUGGACCUCAGAUCUCGGACAACCCCCAUUGCAAUGAGCUUUGCACAGUUUGAAAAUCUACUGGGGAUAAAUGCACAUACUGAAGACCUUCUCAGAAACCCGUCCUAUAUUCAAGAGGCAAAAGCUAAGGGACUGGUCAUAUUCUGCUGGGGUGAUGAUACCAAUGAUCCUGAAAACAGAAAGAAAUUAAAGGAAUUUGGAGUUAAUGGUCUGAUUUAUGAUAGGAUAUAUGAUUGGAUGCCUGAACAGCCAAAUAUAUUCCAAGUGGAGCAGUUGGAACGUCUGAAGCAAGAAUUGCCAGAGCUUAAGAGCUGUUUGUGUCCCACUGUUAGCCGCUUUGUCCCCUCGUCUUUUUGUGGGGAGCCUGACAUCCAUGUGGAUGCCAACGGCAUAGAUAAUGUGGAGAAUGCUUAGUGUUUAUUGGGCGGAGACCAUUCGGGGCAUGCAUCGCUGUUCUGGGUAUUCACUUUUUAUCACUGAGCAUUGUUUAUCUAUGCCUUUUAGGUUUUCAGUCCAGUGAAGCAAUAAUGAAGUAUUUUAAUAUUUCACUACAGUUCUUGCUAGAAUUUCAAGUAUUCUAUUUAAAUCACUUGGCCAGGUAUAAUUACCAGUCAGUCUCUUUACAGUGAAAAAAUUUAUGGGUUGGUAAAUAUUUUAAACUAAAUAUGUAAGUUAUGUUAAACAAAUAUUCAUUAAAAACAUAACACUUUGAAAUUAACUAUACAAAUAUCUCAUAUUUACACUUAUUACAGCUUUUCAUUUGAUCAGGUCUGAAAUAUUUAGCACUCAAGGAACAUGACUAUGCAUAAUUAUACCUGACCAUGGGAAAAAUAAGUACCUCAAAUGCAUGCAUUUGCACUGGUGAUUCCAACUGCACAAACCUUUGUGCCAUCUGUGUAUUUUUCACAUGAAUUGACAUUCACACCAUUUUCAUUCAGUGUGAACCUUGAGGCUGCUGCCAUUUCCCCACUUAACCAAACCAAUGCCUGUGUAAAUAGCCUAGAGGUGAUCCUUGAAAACUUGUUUAAUACAUCUUUCAAAAGUUGUUUUGCAUAAAUAUUAAAAUUUCAAAAAGCUGCAGGGUAACUUAAUGUAUAAAAUAUUAGAAGUAUGGAUUGAAGACAGUACAGUAGAUGAUAAUGUAUAAAUUCUGUUGAAUGCAUGCUUUUUGUUUUAAGCAUGAGAUAGUACACGUUUACUGUAAGUCCUUGCAUCUGUGGUGCUAGGUGAGUGUGAGAAGGUGUCAAGGACUGAAAAAUAAUUUGUUGCCUAAAAAAAAAAAAAAAGGAAAAAAAAGCCUAUUUGUAGGCAUUUUAAAUAUGCUUAAGUGUCUCUCACUACCUAUUACACACCGUUGCUUUGUGUGUUUGUUUUGUAUGUGUGUUGUACAGUAGUUAAAUCUCUGUGCAGAAAAAUAAAUGUCCUGAAUUCUUAUAUCGGUAUUCUUUAUUGGUUAAUGAAUAUCAUGCAUGUAAUUUAUUUAGAAAUGCAGAACAUUCUAUUUAAUGUAUAUGCAUGUUGUUAGGAUUAUACCAAGGUUUCUGUCAUUAGACGCAGAUUGUUUUGGCAUAACUGUAACUUAUGAAUGAAUGUUGAAUAAAAUACACAGAUUUAUUUUCUUCAUUAUAAAAUGAAAUUUCAAGAAGGUGUUACUUUUGUAGCAUUGGUUCUAUAUUAUUAUUACGAGAAAUUGGAAUUUAGUGUCUACCCUGCAAGGAUGGCUUAUUUGCAUAUACCUUUUAUUGUUCCUCGCUAGGCAGUUUAUUCAUGUAUUGACAUGAUUUGGUAGUAGCUGAGAACCUGAAACUUGGAUUAUAUAUUUGUAUCUUUUUAUUUUUUUAAGCCAAGCAAUGCAGCUUUGGUCAAAUCUUAAUUGUGUGAAGAUAGGCUUUAAAAGCCUAUGGUAUUGUGUUUGUAACACUGAUAUUUAAUGGAAAAUAGUUUAGGAAAUGGAGUCUUCUGCAGAGGUUUUAUAUACUUUUCUCAUAUUGAAAGAGAUUUUCCAACACUUGAUGUGAAUUAGGCACUUUUAGAAAACGCCUGGAAAAGAAUUACUUUUCUUGAUCUGCAGACCUGGUACAGUACAAUUACCAUUACCUUACAGUAACUUGAUUAGCCAUAUGUGUAUUUCAAGUCGUGUUUGUUUGCUCCUCCCCUGUGCCUUUCCAGUUCCAGCUCCAUUUUGAAGACCUGCAGAUCAUGAAAAAACAGGAAAGGAAGUGAUGUGGGGGUCAGUUUCCUGAACUGUGUAAUUCGCUGAGAAGAGCUUACAGCGAUUGCUUAUGACAAGGACAGAAGCUCACUGCUCGGCUUCUUUCCUGUCUCUUCCUGACCUGAUAAACACCAGGGUUAGUGGAUGAUUAACUCAUAGCGAGCAGUGGCUCUCGUUUUUACAGGACUAGGUCCUGGCUUCCAUAUCACUAGCUACUGCCCUGUAUAUUCUGCUCCAGCUACACUGUACCUGUGCUAGGCCCUAGCCACGCCAUAUUCCUACACUACUUCCUGUCUGUAGCCACGUGACCUCUGCCUGGAAGCCUUCUUUUUACUUGAUACUUUCUCCCUGCCAAACUCAUUUCUCCUUAAGCCAUUCAUUGACCUCUCUCCGCUGCACCCUUGCCAAAACUUAAGAAGGGAUGCAUCCACCUUUUCUACUCCAUGGCCCAGUGUUCAUUCCUUGAUCAUGCCAUGUAUCAUAGUACAUUUUAGGUAGACGUAGUUGAGGUUUGUCUCACCAGGCUGCAGGCUCUUCAGGGGCAGGGACCUUGUCUUACAAAUUUUUAUUUCCACAGUGCAUGAAACAUAGUAGAAACUAAACUUUGGAAUUGUGGGGAUAAUUUGUAUCAAAUGUCUUUUUGAAUUAAGAGAUUUAGUUAAUGUUUACUAAGAAUGUAAAGUCUGAAUUGGUUUACAUUUGGCAGUUGGAACAGUUUAUUGAUGUCAGUUUUAAAUGUAGAGGUCUAAUGUUAAAUUAUUUUAUAUUUUCUGGAAACUGAGUGAAAUGUUUGAUAAAAUGCUGCCACUGUUCUCUGAUAAUUCCACUGUCCGGAAUUACGUACUGUAACCGACGGGAUGUAAACGUGAGGAAUACAGCUCAUUGCUGUGGCAGUGGUGCCCGAGGGCAGCCACAGCCACCCGUGACCUCACUCCCAUUGCUCCUUGUGACACUCGUCUUCCUUCUCCCCUCUGAAGCCCAUGCUUAGGCCUACCUCAGCACCGCUUUCCUUGUCUUCCUUCUGCGUUCAGCUCAGGUGCCACCUCUUCCAAAAAACAUUCCUCAGCUCAUGAUGCAAACAAGUACAGACAGCCUCUAAAUCUUACCACUUUUAUUUUCAGCCUUGGUUAUAAACCCAGACAAGUUAACUGACUUAACCAGGUUGGGACUAGAACUGGGCUUUGUGACUCCUAAACCCAUGUUCUUAUAUGACGCUGCCUUCUGAAUUUUCGUGGCAUUCUUUAGCAUAUGCUUUCUUGUAGUCCCACUUUUUAUGUGCCUGUUAUAUUUCCCUAAUAAGAUUGUAAGCCCCUUAAGGGCAAGGACUUCUUUGCAUUUCUAGCACUACCAUAGUGUUCGAUACUUAGUUAUGAACUAGAUAAAUAAAUGGUGGUGAAUACAAUCCUAGUUUCCUAA